GUGAAGCUUUAUUAUCUGCGAACUAAAGCGUGGGACCGGUUGGCACUCGUUGCAGCUUUUCAACCCAACACCACCACUGGUCCCCACUUAAGGGUGUCUUCAAUGGGUGGUGAGACAUACACGAGCAGAAACUAUAUUAUAACAGACCUGCGCGCAUAGAAACAGAGACUUUUGUUCUCGAAGCGCGGCCAUGUCCGGACUCGCGUGUUGAAAGCGCGUUGUCUCGGACCGCUGAGGCUAGGAUAAGCGGCUUCUUGGACGCUGCGUUCCAGCGUGGCCCCCCGCGAAGAGCCCUCCGGCGAUGGACCAAAACAGUACACUCCGGAGCGCCUCGCCAGUGCCGCCCCUGAGUGCGGAGGCGAGCGGAGGACAUGUUGUUCCUCUCCCAGCACUUCCGGGCGCAAAUGGCAGCUCCAGUCCCCGGGGGAGCGCGCGCGCAGUCGACAGGUCACAGGGCGUGAACCUGUCCGCCUCCACGGAUGACAUCCCCGGACCCGGGCCCGCGGCAGGCAUGGGCAUGGGUAUGGGUGGCGCCGUCACAGGCAGUGGCGCCGCCAUGUUCGGCGUAGCGCCCGACGUCCAGACCCUGGACCCGGGGCCCGGGUCGCGCGCGAUGGGUGUGCCCCCCAACCGCUUCGCUGUAGGCAUCAGCAUGUCGGGGGCCGGCACCUUUGUGACCGGGCCUGGGUCCGCAGCCGGAGCCGGGGCUGGGCCAGGCAGCUUCCUCGCCGCCAGUGCCGGCGCGCCGCCCGCUAGCCGGGGCGCGCAGGGCGUCGGCGGCGUCGGCGGCAGCGCAGGCGGGCGGCGGCCGGGAGGCGGCGCCCCGGUGCCGGGGCCUGGCCCCGGCUCGGUGGGCAACGGGCUGGGGGCGGGCAGCAUGCGUGGUGGCGGCGCGGGCGGCGGCGGCGGCUGGCGCGGGACGGCCUUGGGGCCGCUGCCGGGCAGUGGCCGCAGCAGAUCGCCCGGGACUGCGGACGUUGGAGCAAAUGGCCGGAGAGUGGUGGUGUCUGCUGGGCCGCUGCUGCCGACGCCGGGCCUAGUAUCCCCUGGCGGUUCGCCGGCGCCGGUGCCUCAGGGCUCUGACGUGCAGCCCUUCCGCCCCAACACCAGCUCCAUGCGGCCGCCCGUGUUCGCCAAGUACUCGUGGGAGCCCGAGUACCAGCGCGCGCUGCUGGACGCGGCGUUGAGGCUGCCUCCGGAAGCGGUCCCUGCCGGCUUCAUGGCCACUCUGUCCUCCACGCUGCCGCCCGCCACUGAGGCGCCGGCGCUGGAGCCCGACACCGCCUCCCUGCGCUGGUUCAAGUCCACCUACCCGGACGCCAUAUCCACCACGCGCCGUGACGUGCUGGCCAUCAGGCUGUGGCUGGAUGAACAAUUCCAGCAGCUGCGCCGACAUGUGGUGGGACCCGAACCCCGGCCCCAGUCCGCGCCCAACUCCGCGCUGGCAGCGGCAGCCGCCGCCGCCGCAAGCCGCGGCGCCGCCGCCGCCAACGGCGCACCCAACUCCCCUCCCCGGCAGCCAGGCGGCCCGCCCGCCUCGCCGGACCGCGGCCGCGUGGGCACCUCCGGCACCUCCGCCGCCAGUAUGGCGGCGGCGGCUGCGGACGCAGCUGCGGCGGCUGCCGCCUGCGGCCUGGCGGCUCAUUUCCUGGGACCUGACAGCCUGAUGCUCAUUCGGGAUGCGGAGGGCUACCUGGACGGGGCAGUGCUCAGACACCAGGAGACACUGCUCAGCCGCUGUAUGUCGGAGCUCGUGGGGCAGGUCGCCACGCUGUGUGUGGAGCGCGGCCACCUGCUGUCCAUGCUGUGGCACAGCCUGCGCCACGGGCUGUACGCGCUGCUGGCCGACCGCGACGCCGCGCGCGCCACGGCGCUGGCCGCGCGCCGGCAGGCCGCCUCCGCCACCUCUGAGAAGGCGGACGUGCUGGGGCGCGUCGAGGCGGAGAAGGCGGACAUGACCAACAUGAACGACCUGCUGAACAGGCGGCUGCUGGCGGCCAAGAUGGAGGCGGAGCACGUGCGCUCGCGGCACGCUGACGUGGAGGCGGAGCUGGCGCGGCUGCGGGCGGUGCAGCCGGAUGAGCUGCGCCGGGAGCUGGACAGCAUGAAGGUGCAGAUGAGCACGCUGGAGCGCACCCUGAUCGCCACCCAAGUGCGGCUGGAGCGGGCGCAGAACGAGCUGCUGGACCGGGAGAAGGACCUGGCGGCGGCGGUGGCCAAGGUCCAGGGCAUGGCUGACGAGCUCAACACCAUGCGGGACGAGUUCUGGUCGCGCAGUCCGCGGCCCGCCCAGCCGCGCCAGCCGCCCUGGGAGCUGCUGCAGGCGGACGAGGCGGCGCUCACACUCACCGGCCUGAGGUCGGGCGUGCCAGCCCAGGACAUGCACCGACUGCUGCUGGGCGUGUCCGCCACCGGCGCCAACGUGCUGCCCUGGUGCCAGCUGCUCGGCUGCUGCCGCCACAUCGACCCCAGCGGCCCGCCGCCCAACGCCGCCGCGACCGCCAUUGGAACAGAGAACAGCGGCGGCGCGCUGCCACCCGGCGCAGGCGGCGGCGGUGAUGCCGUUGACGGGUCCACAGGCGCCGACGUGAGCCCGCAGCGGCUCCGCCGGCCCACCAACGCGCCGGGUGGCGAGGCGCCCUCGGUGCCCUCCUCCCGCGCCACCACAGCGCACCCUGCCCGCCGCUUCUCCCGCGCCGUGUCUACGAAGCACGGCGCCGGCGCGGCGCCGACGGACCUUUCGAUGGCCCUGGCAGGGAUCAGUGGCAAGGGCGGGCGCGGAGCCAACCUGGCGGCCGCACUGGCAGGGGCGCCAGGGCUGCCCGACAUCCGGGAGCAGCACACGUGGCUGCACGGGCUGCUGUCGCGGCCGGACGCGGCCACGGCGCUGUCGCGGUGGCUGCCUGAGGAGGUGGUGGAGGCGGUGGGUCAGAUGGCCAACCACUCCAUCGACACUCACUCCAUCGCCUGCCUGCUGCUCGGCACCUUCGCCAUCGGGGGCGCCGACUUGGUGGUCUACAAGCCGCUGGCUGGCAUCCUGGCCACCCGCUACCACCACACCGCCGCUGACAUCGGCGGCUCCAUCACGGAGGCUCUGGAGCUGGCGGCCAUGAGCACAGCGGCGCGCGUGGAGCGGCUGCAGAACAUGAAUCAGGACCUGCACAGAGAGGUGAACAAGCUGAAGCGCAACCUGAACGACCUACGAAAGGUGGAGCGCGACAGCCGCAUGCACGACCUGCGCGCCAACGGCCGCAAGGUGCAGGGCCGCAAGCCCAGCCCGCUGCACGCCUUCAUCCUGCAGAAGCGGCCCGAGUUCUUCGUCGGGCUGGGCACAGGGGACGAGGUGCCGGUGUGCAUGCAGAGCUCCGAGGCCAAGCUGUACAACCGCAUGAUGGAGAAGGCGGACGCGGAGCGGCUGGUCAACGCCGUGUGGGCGGGCAAGCGCGAGUUCGAGGCGGCCCAUGGCUGCCGCAUCACACUGCCAGACUACCUGUGCGUGUUCCUGCAGCGCAAGUACGGCGCGGCCCGCGCCGCCACCGAGGCCGCCUACAACCUGAUCUACACGCUGGGCCAGCACCAGUACGACCCCGACUGCUACCUGUUCUUCAAGGUGGUGGGCGGCGACCUGGACGACUCGGCUCGUGACGGCCAGGAGCGGCUGCGCUCGGCCGUGCUGGAGGCGCUGCUGGCCGCCGACUCCGCCGCCAACAGCAGCCGCAUCACGGGCUGGCUGCGCAAGGCGGACAUACGCGAGGUGCUCACGCGCCUGCUCGCGGCAGACCCCACCAAGCGCGACGCGGCGGCCGCCGCCGCCACGGCGGCGGCCACGGCCGCCGCCACCGCCGCGCUCGCCGCAGGCGAGGGCGAGGAGGCGGCGGCGGCUGCCGCCGCCGCCGCGGCUGCCGCUGCGGGCCCCAUCCUGGGCCCCAGCGCUGCCGGGCUGGUGACGGGUCUGAGCCAGCCGCAGCUGACGGAGCUGUUUGAUGCGCUGGACUCGGAGGAGCCGCACGAGAUGGCGCAGUACGCCAAGCUGUUCGAGGACGACACGGACCUGAACCAGGGUGUGUUCGUGGAGACGCUGCGGCAGCAGCACCUGCACAACCGCCUGGAGUGGCUGCAGGCGGUGGAGGACUCGGUGAUGGACUGGGCCGAGGCCACGGGCAGCGCCGCGGUGGGGCCCGGCACGCUGCGAACCGCGCUGCUCAAGGUCAACGGCAACACAGACGUGGACACGCAGCGCGAGAUGCUGGGCCGCGUCUUCGGCAACGCGGGGGCGGCGCUGGCGGCGCCGGCGGUUCCCGAGGCCACCGGCAGGGGCGGCAAGGGCGGCGCCAAGCCCGGCGGCGCCAAGCCCGGCAAGGAGGACAGCGCGAUGGCACUGCCGCUGGAAGUGGCGCUGCGCAAGCUGCGGCAGGAGCGGGCAGAGGGCAUGUGCAGCAUUGCGCAGGCCAUCGAGCUCAUGUCGUUGGGCCGCGCCGGCAAGGGCGGCCGCAGCGGCUCGCCGCGCCGCGGCCGUGUAUCCAACGCCGGCGGCGCGCUAACAGGCGGCACUGGUGCCACACCAGGCAGCGCGGGUGGCAUGGGCAGCGGGCCCAUACCCACGGUGCCGCCAUCAAGCAGCAGCCCACCCAAGAAGGACAGUGCUGGCGGCGUGGUGUGGGCGGACGGAGACAGCGCCGGCACGCCGCGUGUGGGCUUCGCGGAGUAAUGUGGCGCGGCCCUGCGGGUUGUGGAGGCGGACAGGCGGUGGCGGCGGCGGGGGCGCGGGGCAGCGAGGAGUUGAGAGUCAGGAGGAGGGCAUGGCAAUGAGGUGGAUGGAGCCCGUGACUUUGUGCGCCGCCGCCGAACCGCACACUGACAUGCUGCACGCGUGAAAUAUGCAACGCUGGUUGGAGUGUAGAUUCAAUGAACAAUAUGGAUGAGACUACGUGCGUCGUGAUGCGGGGCUUGUAUCAAUGGUGGUAUUUGGGCAACAGCGGGUUGCGGACUUUGUGCCAGCAUGUUGAACCGGGGGACAAGCGCCGCAAUGCGCGUGGGAUUGGGAAUCGGGGGGAUUGGGACUCGCUGGCACUGCACACGGAAAGCUGUGCAUUUACACCACUGUUGUACAAUUGUAUACCAGUUGGUUCGCGGCGCUGUAACUCAGCCAGACU